UGACACAUCACUGCAACUGUCAAACGUCGUCCGUCAUCGUUGUUCGACGUUUCGCCAACUAAAUAGAACUGUAGAAAAAUUGUUAAUUUCCUUUAAUCUUGAUUUACAAAAUGUAAUGAAGUUUACAGUGUUAUAUAAAAUUUAAUACAUUCCAUAUUUGAAAGUAUAGACUGAUAAAAGAUUGAUCAAAUCUUACAAGAUGAUGCAAUUUAUGCUGUUAUUCAGCCGUCAAGGCAAGCUGAGACUGCAGAAGUGGUAUGUCGCUCACCCGGAUAAGCUGAAAAAGAAAAUAACAAGGGAACUGAUCACAACAGUCCUGGCCCGCAAGCCAAAGAUGUGCUCUUUUCUUGAAUGGAAGGAUGUCAAAGUGGUUUAUAAAAGAUAUGCAUCGCUGUACUUCUGCUGUGCCAUGGAACAGGAGGACAAUGAGCUGCUUACCCUGGAGCUGAUCCACCGCUAUGUGGAACUGUUGGACAAGUACUUUGGCAGUGUGUGCGAACUGGAUAUCAUCUUCAACUUUGAAAAGGCUUAUUUUAUAUUGGAUGAGCUGGUGCUUGGUGGAGAGCUCCAGGAGACCAGCAAGAAGAAUGUGCUGAAGGCCAUCGCUGCACAGGACCUACUGCAGGAGGAGGAGACACCGCAGGGCUUCUUCGAGGACCAUGGCCUGGGAUAAGCUGCAGCCGAACCCGUGCCGCCACACUAGUAACACCUCACUACGUAGACACGAGAUAUUACCGACUGCAGGAAUUUAAACGAAACUGUAAGAUACUUUGUUUAUUCAGCCAUCAAAUAUGCAACAGGUUUUUUUAAGAAUCUCUAUUUAAUAAGCAAUCGGAUCUGGAAAGAAAAAAAAAUGUUAAGGGGAGUCUCAUUACAUCCGUUUCUGAAGGAACCUGAUUUUCGACGAUCCUUUUUAGUAUAAAUACUCCAAACACGACAACGUUAUGCAUUUAUAAUGUGGCAACAAUUUAAUUAAUUCGACUAUCUCACAAAGGAUCGUUUACAUUUCUGCAGAAUACAAGCAUGCUUUAUAAAACAUAGCCUGAUAAUGCACAUGCGUCCUAAUGUACCGAAACAUAUUAUACUUAUUUACAAUAAGCUUACCUAAUGUUAUCAUAAAUAAUAAUAAAAGACGAGAAUUCGUGAUAGUAUUAUCUUUUAUCGAAAUAUACGGAUUUUCGAGACAUUGUUUGUGAAUUUAGUCAGUGUAUUAAAUUGCAAUAAGUGUUGUAUUUUCGAUUGUUUUUAGAAUUUUUAUUGAUACGUCAUAUUGUAUAUGUAGAAAUCAUAAUUUGAAUCACAAACCUCAGUUUUUUAGUUCUAAUGGAAAUAUUCAUCAAGAAAAUUUACUAAAAUAGAAUAAAUGAUAUACAAUAUUUACAGCUAACCAACAUACUAAUAGACAUGAUUAUUAAUUAUAAUUCACUAUUUUGUCACUCUCAACAGUGAUAAAGUUAUUUGCUGAUUCAAAAUGUCUGGUAGGUAAUAAAUGUUGAAAAACAUUUGCGCACAUUACCGCUCUACUUAUAAUAUUUGUAUUGUAUUACUGCAAUAUAAACUGAGGCAUGUCAGUAAUCGCAAAUAACGUCGCGUUGUGAAAAUAGAAUAUUUUUCACUUCGACAAUUUUUUUUAAAUCUUCAAAAGGUCUCUCAAAAGUCUGCCACAGUCUCUGUACUUACAUUUUUUUACGUCGUGUCUAUUAGCUUUAGAAGUCAAACGUGGGCUAAUGACCCCCAUUAUUUUAACUACAUUACGAUAAUAUUAUUUCCUUGUACUUUGUUCAACUUUAUAUCACAGCCCUACGCAUUAUGUCCAAACUUCUGUUGCGUAAAAUGUCUCGCAGUAAUAUUGUAGAGCACAUUCUCGUCACAUCUGAUUUAAAAUACAUACAAAUAUUUAAAACUGCAUUCGUUCAUAAUGUAUAGAGGCAGUUUUUCGCCAAUUGUUUAUUUGUGAAUUAUGAAAAUCAAUUACACGAUACAUUGUGCAUGUUUAUAGGUUAAUAUAUUUGUUAGAGAACAACUUUUAUAGUGUUAUAGUGGACAUCUUUGUAAUCUGAGGUUCAUUUCGCACUCGAUUCAGUCGAGGCUUUUUAUUUUAGUAAUACUUUAAUUGCGUCCUAUGCAUAAUUUCAUAGUUAGUUAUUUUAAAUGGCAGCUUAUACUUAUUAGUUUUAUUAUUAGUUUAUAAAAAGGCUAUCUUAUCCCUCAUUGCGGUUUCAUAUAUGAAGCAGGGUCGGAUCCAAGAAAGGGCUGCAAUUUACCCCCCAUACUAAUCUAAAUAAUUUCUUGAAACAUGAGUGAGAUGACUCCUUAUCUUCACAAUGGACAUAUUGCCGCGGCCCCUUGGUGAAAUCCUGGAUCCGCAUUUUUGAACAACCUAACCUAACCGCAUAAGUUUAGGAAUUGCAAAAUAUAUCUAAUCUAAUGGCUUAAAUGCAAUCUUAUAAAUAAAUAAGCAUGAAUAAUAUUGCAAUAAGAAAUAAGUAUUCAUAUUUAAAAUGAUUUGUGCCAAAAAAAACAAUAUUUUCGUACGUGUUUCAUAGAUUGUUGUUGUAAUGGAUGUUAAUAGGGAUGGAAUUAUGUAAAAAAGUUGGGGUAUUUUUUUUUCAUGCUUUUAUAAAAUCUGCAUUGCCCCAGUGAAACUGCUUGAUAUAAUUUUAAAUGGAAUUGAGAAUGAUUUACUUGUGAUAAUUCUUUUAGAUUUUCGCAUAAUUCCGUCUCUAUCACUAUUAUUAUCUAUGUAAAAUUCAUUCAUUCAUUCAGUAAAAAAUCAUUCAAUUUUGAAAUAUUUAUAAUCUGCGUUCACUUUUAGAAAAUGAGUGUUUAUAAAAUGUACUGUGAAAUACUAUUCAAUACAUAACUAUAUUCUUUAUCUAAGGCUGUUAUCAACUCUGCGUCCAUAUCAAGUCUCAUAUCUCAAGAUACCGCUUCAAAAACAAGAUGGCCUAACAAAGUAUUUAUUUAGAUGUAUGUACCCAUUAGCGUUAAUCGUUUUGGAGUAAAUUAUUAUACAAUAAAACAUUAUUGCUGUA